AUGCCGAUCGGUGACCUCCUCGCCCAGAUCUCUGGGGAGCCAAGCCCCACGCAAUCCACCACACCCCUCCCUCUCCCCUCUCAGCGCAAAGUCCACGAUGCUAGAACCCCCAAGCGUCCAGAGACUGACAUGCAGAGACCAAGCACAACUUCAAGACCUUCUUCCAACAUCUAUCGGCCAGUAGGGCCAGGCAGCAGGCCGGGAGUGGGAGUGGGAGUGGGAGAUGUGUCGAUGGCGAAAGCGAAGCUUGGCACGAACGGUCGCACCCCAUCUGCCAUGAGCCCUACCCUCUCCUCAGCAUUCAAGAACGGACAACCCACCACGCCGCCCACCGAUGGGCCACCGAAACCUCCAAAGAAAGGCUCGUUUGCUGAGAUCAUGGCCCGGGCUAAAGGGCUCCAGUCCACGGCUGGGCAGAUAGGCAAGAUCCAGCACAAGCGCAUUGAGAAAGCUCCCAGCAAGCGGGAACGCGAGGAGAUGAAGGCCCAGAAAUCCUCACGGCUACAAAAGAAUGUAGGCCCGAAUGGAAAAUUCCGUAAUGCGCCUGGAGCAGCGACGAUUAAUGGGAAGAAGGCUAGAGUUGGUGGGAAGGCGGAGGAACCUAUUCCGGAGAAGAAGGUCAAGAAGGCUGCGUUGGCUACCACGGGAUAUGCUGGGACUGCUCGGCCUAAACCUGGUUCUGCAAAGCAACCCUCGAAGUCUUCUACACCGUCAUCUUCGCGCUACGAUAGGGAUAGGGAUAGAUACGAUGACGACCGAGCUUCAUCCUCGAGACGGUACACAUACGUUAGUGAAGAAGAGGAGGAAGAUGACUAUGCGUCCGAUGUGUCCUCUGACAUGGAAGCUGCCGCCUUCGAAGUGGAUGAAGAAGAGGAGUUUGCUUCUAGGAUUGCACGGAAGGAGGAUGCACUGGCGCUCGCUGAGGAGAACCGGUUAAAGAAGGAGAAGGCGGAGAAAAAGAGGCGACUAAUGGAGAUGGCGAGGAAGAGACGCUAA